UAUCUCAUCUCUUUCACUUCUCUUUCUACACAACAAGUCAACAACACUCUCUCUAUACACUUGUCUUCUUAUAUAACCAUUUCUAAUUUUAGCCAGACUUAAAACCCUCCUUCCAUUUUUUUAAGGUCUAAAAUACAUAAAACAGAUGGCUGCUUCUGCUAAGGUAUUGGGGCACCAGAAGGAAGACAUCCUCAGACAGUGAACAGAAACUAGCUGUGGAGUGGAGCACAAGUUUUGAAUGCCUCCCCAAAACACCUACUAUAAAAAAGGUCUACAUGUGGCACACCAAAAAUUAUAUCACAUCUCACCAGUCACCCUCUUUAUUUCUUUCUUUCACCAAAUUAAUCUAAGAAAACAAGUAUGAUUAAUCACGCAGUUAAUUCAGACCCACCAUUUGAAGAGAUUUAUAAGAAUUUGUUCCUAACUGCCAACACCACCACUCACAUAACCUCCAACAUUAAAGAGCGAUACCUUGACCUACCACUUAUAGAUUUGGCGGAAUUGGUGGCAGAUGAGGCAGAGAAGCGAGAAAAAUGUAAAAGAGAAAUCGCGGAAGCCUCCAAGGAGUGGGGGUUCUUCGUGGUGGUGAACCAUGGCAUUUCGCGACAAGUAUUGGAAGAGAUGACUAGGGAACAAGUGAAAGUAUUUAGAGAGCCAUUCUCUAAGAAGAAAGGUGACAAUUGUAUGAACUUAAGGCUUUCUCCGGGAAGCUAUCGUUGGGGGUCACCCACAGCUACUUGCCUCACACAAUUAUCUUGGUCCGAAGCCUUUCACAUUCCGAUGACGGACAUUUGCAAUAUAAGUCCUCCUAAUGCCAAUCGUCACGUCAACAACCUUUGCUCAACAGUGAAACAAUUUGCUACAACAGUAUCUGAACUGGCAAACAAAUUGGCAAACAUAUUGGUAGAAAAUUUGGAUCAAAAUAAAAAAAUAUCGAUUUUUGAGGAGAAAAGUUUGGCAAAUACUUGCUAUCUAAGGAUGAAUAGAUACCCAGCAUGCCCAAAUUAUGCGAAUGUUCUUGGUUUAAUGCCACAUACAGAUAGUGAUUUCCUGACAAUAUUAUACCAAGAUCAAGUUGGAGGCUUACAAUUAAUCAAAGAUGGCAACUGGAUUUCUGUUAAGCCUAAUCCUGACGCCCUUAUUGUUAAUAUUGGUGAUCUUUUCCAGGCUUGGAGCAAUGGUGUGUACAAAAGUGUAGUGCACCGAGUGAUUGCCAACCCUAAACAUGAGAGGUUUUCAACAGCAUAUUUCUUAUGUCCAUCAGGAGAUGCUGUCAUACAAAGCUAUGAGGAGCCUUCAAUUUAUAAAAAAUUUAGUUUUACUGAGUAUAGACAACAAGUUCAAGAAGAUGUUCGAAAAUUUGGUCAUAAGAUUGGACUUUCUCGCUUUCUUAUUUGCAAUUAAUCUAAUUAUUAUUAUUAAUAUUAUCAAGAUUUUUUGGGGGUUGUUUAGUAACAUGUAAUAAGUGGUCAUAAAUGACUAUAUUCCAUUGUUUAUUGUUUAAUUGUAGCUAAUUAAUUAUGAAGAUAAUAUUAUUAAUUAGUCGAAUUUAUUAUCAAAAUAAUGAAGGCUAGGAGCUCAUUAUUUAAGCUAAAAAGAGAUUAAAUUAUUUAUAUAGUGGAUGUUUUGGUUCUUAAAUUAAUUUUUUUUUGAGUGAAAACCUGUAAUUAUAUUAACUCAAGAUCAGCCUUCGGGCCUUGGUUCUUAUAUUAAUGGGAC